AUAUAGAGGUAGGUUACUAUGUAACGACAGACAUUCAUUUAGUUUUAUUCAAAGACUUAGCUCGUUCCAAAGAAAAUGAUGAUGAACUCAUUACCAAUGUUUCACAUGUUUGUUAUAACUGCAAUGGUCAUGAUUGCUGAUGGACAGAUAAACCGUUAUAUAAAUCCUACAUGGCUGGAAAUGGAUGCUAACAGUGAAUAUUAUCCUGGUGGUGAAGUAAUAAGUCAAAUCCUUCAAGCUUACGGUUUAGGAGAUAGUUAUGGACCUUCACGACUUAGAUCGUCUGUUCUUGAUCGGAAUGGUUACGGGAGAUCUUAUCCGAGAAACCGAAUUGUAAACAAUUUGAACAAUGCAUAUGACUCAGAUCCUUUACUAACUCAGGAAUACGUCGAUCGUAAUUAUGAUUAUGUUGACAACACAAUCAGGGGUUCUAACCAUAGGUAUAGGAAUAGUAUGAUUGAUAUUCCUCGAAGAACUAGGAUUAAUAUGGUUUCUGCGCCGAGGACUAUUUAUUACCCUGCCGACUACGUAGACCGAGAUCUUCCGUCACAAUCUUACUCUAGGUCAAGAUCAGUAAUUGGAGAUCCGGCGAUGUCCACGGAAUUAGUAGCAAGGGGCCGAGAAACAUCGAGACUUAUCCCAAGAUCCACAGUGGCAACCGAAACCAACGAAAAACGGAAAAUGUAGCCAUUUUCCAUACGUCCAGUAAUAAUAUCUAAUGUGAUGUGUGGCUUGGAUGGAAAAAAUUUAAUUAAAAUCUAGUAGUUUGACUCUAGAACACUUGUCCUAUAUAUGUUACACAGCUGGUGUAUAAUAAAUUGACUUCUUUCACGUUUCUUAUAUCUUAAAUAAUAAAAAAAAAAUAAUAUAUAA